AGAUUUUUCUAGAAAAUUUGAACGAAUUUCAUACCAAAAAAAUAAAACAUCCUCUUUUUACUCGCUGCGCCAUCUGGUUGUUAAUCCAACGUAAAUUCGUCAAUAACAUAUGCCAACCUUUUAGCAUCCCCUCGUUUGUGUGGAUGUCAAAUUUAGAGCAGAUUCUUCAAACGCUUCAAACAAAACAAUAGUAAAUUUUCAACUCUCAGCUUUCAAUCAUCUGUUUUUGUUUGUGUUAUGAAACCAACGACCGAUAAAUAAAAUAGUAUCUUAUUUUCUCAAAAAAUGUUCAAAUUAAUCAGCCGCGAUGCAUUACGUGCAUGUUGGUCAAAUCAAGUUCAAGCCAACUCCCGCCGAUUCGUGUUCCAAAAAAGAAUUCGAGUGGAGCCGCCGGUCAGGGCUCGAUGCGAUACCAACCAGCCUAUUACACCAUUUGGUUGGAUAUUGCUGGUAGUUCCAGCAACAACUUUUGGGCUAGGCUGCUGGCAGGUCCAACGCAAGCGAUGGAAGGAGGAUCUUAUUCGAACGCUGGAGUUGAAAAUGCAUCAAGGUGUGGUUGCAAUUCCUGAUGACCUAUCGGAGCUAGAUAAAAUGGAAUAUCAGAACGUGACUGUUAGAGGGGAGUUCAUUCACGACCAGGAGUUGCAUUUGGGACCCCGUGCUUUGAUAACGGAUGGAGAUUCUCGAACAUCCGGUGGACUGUUUUCGCAGAAGGAGUCAUCAAUCGGUUAUCUGGUGAUAACACCCUUCAAGCUGGAGGGAAGAGAGGAUAAAAUUCUCGUGAAUCGCGGAUGGGUUCCGAAACGGUUCCUGGAUCCUACCACCCGUCCGGAAGGACAAGUCAAAGGAAUUGUAGAACUCGAAGGUGUCGUGCGGCUGCCCGAACAUAGACCACAGUUCACACCCCAGCAACGAGGCGCUAUAUUUAUGUACCGGGACGUGCCGAAAAUGGCACAAAUUUGCGACACCGAACCGUACUUUCUGGACGCCACCGCUUCGGCAACGGUUCCCAUGGGCCCAGUGGGCGGUCAAACACGGGUAACACUUCGCAACGAGCAUCUGUCCUACAUCCUCACGUGGUUCAGUCUGUCCGGAUUCACCGCAUGGUUGUGGUUCCGGUUAGUUGUAAAGAGAAAGGGAUUUUAGAAGAUUUUUCUUUGUUUUCACUGCGGUUGAAAAUAAAUGUUUUGAUGGUUGGGAAUUUCGGGUGUUUUAGUUGAUAAAUUUGAGCACCAAACGAAUAGUGACAUUGUUUAUUAAAGGCGAGUUAUGUUUACGUCCUGUUUUAACUCUAAUAAAUGAGGAGUUGUAGACUCCACAUUUGCUGGGCCUAUGAUUAUAUAAACUUUACGAAAAUUGUGCCAAUUUUUACACAUAUAUUGCAAUAAAGCCAGUUGAGCUCCAAAAGGCCAUUAAGACUAACCGAAACAAACAGACGGUUUAUUACAUCGAAGCAGUGAACAAUAUUUCAAUUAAAUACUUUUGCUGGUGCAACACGGAGCACCUUCGGAGCAGGUUCUAGCGGAACUUAUAUACUGCGGAUGACUACUGCAAACUGGACAAGAUGUGAUGCGUUUUGAUCGCUUCUAAUACUUCGUUUCGCGUUGAUAACUUAUCUCGGAUUUCUCAUAAUACCUAAACCCUUUUCUCGACACACCGUUACUGUUCUUAUGUUACCGAUAAACAUACAGCGAGAUCGAGAGUAAUAUAAAUAUUUACCGUUGUCAUGGUUGGAGCAUUCUCCUUAGAGCUGCGGAACGCUACCCCAGGACCGGGUCAGGAUAUUGCGAUUCAGCUUCUUGCCAAUGGUCUGCACGUGGAAGCCGAUUUGUUGAAGUUUCUCGUGGUGCAGAAUUUUGCGCCCGUCAAAGAUGUAAGCCGGCUUCAUCAUCGACUGGUAAAUACGUUCGUAGUUCAAGCU